GUUUGUGAUAGAUAUUUUUUUUUUCUUCAUUUCGUUCGUCUUUCUUUUCAACUGUUUGCAAUGCUAGUGGUGUCAUGACACAAAAAUAUAUUUGAAAUACACAGAGAGGCACCUGAAUGUAGCAAAGCUUCGCAAUCACAAAUUGUUUCUGAGUGCAAACGUCGUGCAUCAUCAUCAUCAUACGUAGACUGGGUCAAUUUCUAAUAUACACAUUUCAUUUGUUGUUGUUGUUAUUAUUGUUGAUUAUCGUGCGUGAAUAAACAUAUCUCAGUACAUACAGUAUUAUCAAAAUGAAUAUUGAACGGACAGAAAUCGUACACGAUAUUACUGAAAUGGAAGAAGUCAAAAAGGCACGACCUAUUCAAAUAGUCACAACCGAAGAUGAUCAUACAUUCGUAUUGGACGAAGAUACACUGACAGAGGUGCUGUUGCAAGAUCAUAUCAAGGACAGAUUUGUUGUUGUUGUUUCGGUGGCUGGAGCAUUUCGUAAAGGGAAGAGUUUUUUGCUCGAUUUCUUUCUCCGUUAUUUGUACGCUCGCUAUGAGAAAAAGGAUAUUACUGAAUGGAUUGGAAAGGAGGAUGAACCAUUGCAUGGAUUCUCAUGGCGUGGCGGUUCCGAACGUGAUACAACUGGCAUUUUAAUGUGGUCGGACAUUUUCACGUGGGAUUAUAAAAAUGGUGAUAAGGUGGCGAUCAUUUUAUUAGAUACACAGGGAACAUUUGACAGUGAAAGCACUGUACGCGAUUGUGCAACGAUUUUUGCAUUGAGCACAAUGGUUUCAUCCGUUCAAUGUUACAAUUUAUUCCAUAAUAUUCAAGAGGAUGAUUUGCAACAUUUGAACUUGUUCACGGAGUAUGGACGAUUGGCGCUCGAAGAUUCGGGAAAAACGCCAUUUCAACGUCUGCAAUUUAUUGUACGCGAUUGGAGUUUUCCAUAUGAAGCUGAAUACGGAACGAUUGGUGGUCAACGCGUAUUGACACGGCGUCUCGAAGUAUCGUCAAAACAAGCACCCGAAUUGCAAACAUUGCGCAAACAAAUCACAUCAUGCUUCUCCGAAAUUGCGUGCUAUCUAAUGCCACAUCCCGGUCUUGUAGUCUCCAGUAAUCCAACGUUUGACGGUCGAUUGAGUGAUAUUACGCCUGAAUUUAAAACUAGUCUUAAAUCAUUGGUACCAAUGUUGCUCGCACCCGAAAAUUUAAUUGUCAAAGAAAUUAACGGUCAAAAGGUAUACGCUCGUGAUUUAAUUCAAUAUUUUAAAUCGUACAUGACCAUUUAUAAAGGAAACGAAAUGCCAGAACCGAAAAGUGUUCUUAUGGCCACAGCCGAAGCAAAUAAUCUAGCCGCUGUUGCAAAUGCAAAGGCCGUAUAUACUCAAUUAAUGGAAGAAACCUGUGGCGGAACAAAACCAUACUUGAGCGAAGGUCAUCUCGAAGCCGAACAUUUACGUAUAAGGGACAAAGCAAUAUUUACAUUUACAUCAAAACGAAAAUUGGGUGGCGAAGAAUUUUGUCAACAAUAUUUGAAUCAAUUGGAAACCGAUUUGGAGGAUCAAUAUAACAGUUUUAAGGCACAAAAUGAAAGCAAAAAUAUUUUUAAGGCAGCACGAACACCGGCCGUAUAUUUAACAGUUGCCAUCUUUUUCUACAUACUAAGCGGUGUAUUUGGCCUAUUCGGAAUCUAUACAUUUGCCAACUUUAGUAAUUUAAUCAUGGGAAUUGCACUGCUAACACUUUUAUUAUGGGCAUAUAUUCGAUACAGCGGGAAUUUGAGAGACAUUGGUGGAUCGCUUGAUGACCUAGCCGAUAUGACAUGGGAUACGGUACUGAAGCCAAUUUACAAAGGUUGCAUGGAAAAAGGAAUUCAACAAGUGUCAAUACAAGUGGCUGAAAAUGCAAUUGGUGCCACAUCGAAUUCAUCGAAAAAGACAAAUGCACAACAUCAAAAUGGCAAAGUGCGUAAGAGAUCAUGAGAUAUCGCCAAUCCACUUUCAAUUAUUCUCAAUAAAUGUAAAUACCGAGCGACAAACAUAAACAACAAUAACAGUUCAAAUGUGUCAUUGUAAGGCCAAUCAUUGAUUGUGCGUAUGUCUCUCUAAUUAUGAAAUCCGUAAAGAAAAGAGAAAAGAAAUAGAAAAAGAAACAUUUUGUUAAAGUCUGUGCCUAAAAACAAAUCAAUAAUUUUAAGUCCAAAAUAAUUCAGAAGAUAACAAAAAAAAAUGGUGGAUCUACAAGAAUAACAUUAUUUUCUUAAGUAAAAUAAAAAAAAACGAACAGAAAACAAGCAAACUACUUCCGAUUUUAGAUCACCACACACACAUUUCCCUGGAACAUUGAUUUGACGAUGCAUUUUGCACAUGCAAUAUCAAUUGCAUCGUGUGUAUGCAUCAUCAAAUCAAAGUCUUCGUAAAUUGUCUUCAAUUAUACUAGUUUUUAAAUUAUUUUUUUUUGGUAGCUAUUCAUGUUUGCGACAUCAUGUUUGCGGCGAUUGAUUUCACAGGGAAUUAAAUACACACUCGUUACGCAACUGCAUUAUGUGUGUAUAUGCACAUUUUUUGUAUUUAAUUCAAUGUAUGGCAUUCUAACAUUUACACACAUCUAAUUUUUUUGAAUUCUUUAAUUCUCUGUGAAUUGAAUGCUGCUGUCUCUUUAAAUAUUAAUACAUUUUAAAAGUUCUACCAAUUAUGGGAGAUUUAUCAGUGGUUGUCUGCUAUAUGCAUGCGAAAUGAAAUCUUCAAAUUUUUUAACUGAAGUAAAUGUGUGAUCAGCGAUUUUUGUGUGACCGAAAUUGCGGUGUGUUUUUUUUUCCACCGCAUAUUCAAAAUAAUAUCUCCCUUUACCGGACAUUAAAAAAAGAAAAAGAAAAUCAAUUCAACACUAUAAUAAUAAAGUCGAAUAAAACGAUAUGUUUAAGCAUGUAUGAUUGUCUCAAUUAAAUUUUAAUCUACAACCCUGUAUUCAAAACAGCCAUCAAAAGAAACUUUUGUCACAAACCAUGCACACGUCCACAAAGAAUCGCAAUGAGUUAUUGAAAUUUCUAAAAUAAAUGCAAUAAAAAUUGAAAAGACAUAGUCUAACGAUAGAAAAAUUCAUCAAUUGAAUUGAAAUUUAAAUGAAAAAUUGAAAUAAUUUCCACAGAGUUCAACACUUCCACUGACAGCUCGAUCUCCUGACAAAAAAAGUUCGUGUAUUUUUAAAAAGCCAUUUUUGCAGUUUACUGGGUAAGACUUUUGCACAUAAAAUUAUAAGUAAAACGAUUGCUCAAUAAUAAGGUACUUUGGGUAUUCAAUUUUUGCUGAUAAAUAAGUGAACUCGUCGGUGCUGUAAAAAUGGCUUUUUAGUAAAAUAAAUCAAAAUAAAACAAAGAAAAAAAAAUACUAAUAAAAAUAUAGAAAAAACUUCUUAACUAUGGUGAAGGUAUAAGAAAAUGAGCACUUUGUUGUUUAAAACACUCUAAAAAUAUGUCGUUAAAAAUAAUAAUAAAAAAAUAACAAUUUAGAUGGCAUAUCAUUGUUACAACGUGAAGAGAUAGAAAAAAGAAUCGAAAAUAAAAAUCAUAAUUUUUUUUAAUAAGUGACCCGAAA